AUGAUGUUGCCUGUGCAUUUGCUGUCAGGGGAUGAGGUGGCUGUCGUGCCUUUGAAGGAAGUGGUCAGGGACGAUUCCUGCACUGUGAGACAUCUAAAACGGUAUUUGUGCAGUGCACACGGGCUGCCACCGAGAUUUCAGCAGCGGAUUCUGCAUGACGGGGCAGUGUUGGAUGAUGAGACGUGCUGUUUUCGCUUGGCGACACCCUUCUCCGUGCAGCUGAUUUUGCUGCCCUUUGUGGAGGCCACACCUGAGAAGAUCGAUCAUUUUGUAGAGGCUGCGCGGAAAGGGGAGUUUUCGGAGGUGGAGCAGCAUCUGCUCCUACCGCAGGAUCCGGAUCUGAUACCACCAAGGCGCCAAGCGCGAGCCUUGUACCAAGCCUCUUGCGAUGGCCACGCAGCGGUCGUGAGCCUCCUCUUGGAAGCACGCGCCGACAAAGAUGCUCCCUACCACCAUCUUGGAAACUCUCGCACCCCACUCCUCGCAGCAUGUGAGAAGGGCCACAAGGAGGUGGUGCGCUUGCUCUUGGAGUGUGGAGCGGAUCAUCAAGCCGCAUGUUGGGACUUUGGCACACCUCUGACCGCCGCAUCUUUUGAAGGUCACCUCGAGGUUGUCAGCCUCUUAUUGGAUGCUGGGGUGGACAAGGAUGCGGUUGACCCGAGAGGGUUUACGGCUCUCUUUGUCGCAUCUGUGGCCGGGGAAGUGAACGUCGUGAAGGCUCUCCUUGCCGCUGGAGCUCACCAGAAUCUGGUCCAUCCCGACAAAGGUGCCUUCGACGACUCACUAUUCGCAGAAAGCACCACGGCGAUGAUCGUAGCAUCUGCGCUCGGCCACCUGGAAGUCGUCCGCUUGCUGUUAGAAGCUCGGGCUGCGGUGGACACGGCCAGUAGUUCCGGCCACACGGCGGUCUACGAAGCAUCCCGCCGAGGCCAUGGGAAAGUCGUGCGCUUGCUCCUUGAAGCUGGCGCAGAA